UUCAUCUCCAAACUAAUCUUGUAGUCCAGAGUGUUACGCUGACAUUACAGCUUUGCUUUGGGUGUUUUUACAUGCCUGUUGGUACAAACUGGCUUUAUCUCAGAUUACUGUUCCCUCUAAACAUAGUCACAUCACAUGCAUAGCAGCAUUAUUUAUAUGCACGCACACUCUUGUGGUGGCAAUUUAGAUGUAGCUUCUUUACAUCCAUUUGAAAUGACUUGUCAGUGCACAUGGAUGUGCUUGGACCUGUUCAACGCACUGGACAAACUUUCAACCAAGAGUCUGUGCUGGAUUCAUGUUUGGACUCAGUCUGUUGGAAAAUGUUGUUCUUUAUCUGACAGGCCAAGCCUUGAAGAGUAGAGGUGUGGUUUUUUUUACAGAAAGUGUAGCUAAGGGAAUCCUGCAAGAGGGAUUAGCGGUCUGUCAAUGAGGAACUACCGGCUCAUCUUCUGCCACAACCUGAAGCAGCCAUAGAUGGUUCAGUGGUUCACUGGCCAGAGGAGGAGAGAUUAGGACACACUUUCACUGCUACACAACGUAAAGUUUUGGCGGGGUUGUGGUGAGGAGGAGGCAGUGGUGGAGGAGGAGGCCAUGAGGAAGAGCGUGUCUCCGUUGCCAGGCAACGAGGGAGGGAGCUCAGCCAGCAUCACUCGAGUUUUUGGUGUUCCUUUAGAAGAGGUUUCACGCACACACACGACCAGUGGCUACGAGGUUCCUGCACUGGUGAAAGACAUAGUUGACUUCAUCGAAGAACACGGCCACCUGGACUUAGAGGGGCUCUUCCUGGUUAAUGGCAAUGCAGAGCGAGUGGACUGGCUGCGUCAGCGCUACGACAGCGGUGAGGAGGUGGAGUUAGAUAAGAAGGCCGAUCUAGCAUCAGCUGUCAGUUUGCUCCGACUCUUCCUGCAGGAGCUUCCUGAGCCCAUCAUCCCAACAGCUGUACAAGGACUCAUUUUACAGCUGCACCAAGAUCAUAACAAUGAAGAAGAGCUUUGUAGAAACCUAAAGUAUGUGCUACAGCAGCUUCCUCAGUUGAACUACGGCCUAUUGCGUUUCCUGUGCCGCUUCCUGGCCAGCGUGGCAUCACUUCAGCCUGACAGGUGGAACGUUGGGGCGCUGGCCGCCGUUUUUGGACCAGACAUCUUCCAUCUGUCAUCUGAAAGAGAAGACCUUCAGGACCAGGAAUCUGUCAGCAGAGUCCUGGCAGAGCUGUUGGACAAUCAGGAAGGCCUGUUUGACUCAGAGGAUGAAGAUUUGUCCGCUACCAACGACUACAGCUCCAUUAAUGAACAGAUCACAGAGCUGUUGGAUGAUGAGAAGUGUGAGGCUGAAUGUGAAGAGCUGCCUCAGGAUGGAGAGGAAGGACCCGCAGCCCCCCACUCACCAAAACACACACACACCGAUGACAGCCCCACAGCCAGCUCCCACGUCUCCCCUAUAUCCAUCCUGCCUGCUGACUCUGCUGAGAUAAUUCAGCGAACCAUCAGGGCUGCAGUGGAGCAGCACUUUUACGAACUGAAAACCUCCAUCAGCCAGGAUCUCAGUAACUAUGACAACCACAGCGUGAGUCCAUGUGAGCCCGAAGAACAGGGUUGCCAUGGAGACGUGGAGCAACAAACCACACCUGAAGACAGCCCCUGCAACACAGGAGGAGAGACCCCGCCUAAACAGACUGAGCAGCACAUAGAAAGUCAAACAGAGCUACAGAACUUACCGGAUCCUGUAGUCACCCUGGAGGAGAGCUCAGGAAUGGACCUGGAUGGUGAGGCCGCCACAGAUGCUGAGAACAACCUAAACACUGCCAGGCAGGACAAUCAGCUGCUUGAUACGAUGGAGCAGACCGUCACCAUAAACUGUGACUCUGAUUCAUUCCACCGCGAUCAGAACGCCAACACCAGCGAGACAAACAGGAACCAUCUGUCACCAUGCCAACCAAACUCUGGCCACAACCCCCACCCCCAACUUUUCCCUGACAACCAGUGGGAAGCGUCACCCCCUUCCCAUCUACACCUCCCCUCCAUCGACUUCUCAUGUAUGCAUCUGCAGAGAGAAGGCCAGGAUCCUGUUCCAGCUUUUAAAUCCUGGCAGAACGACAGUGAGAGUGGAGAGGCCCAGCUCUCCCCGCUGGCGGGUCGAAUGGUCCCUCUUCCCCUUCUGCCUCUGGAAGACGACAAUGAGGAAGACAUCGGGGACAGAGAGCACGAUGAUUCUCCUUCCUCAUCGCGCACCCACCCCCACAUCCUGGCACGCCGCUUUCUAGACUUUGGAGCUCACAGCACCCAGCGCUUCCUCCAGCAGGACCCAGACACCAUCUCGCCCACUAAAGCACAGAGGCCGAGGCGAGCCUCUUUUGGCUCCAGAGAGACCAUGAGGGGCGACUCCGUCACCCACCAGCUUACCAAGAAGCUCCAGCAUCUGAAGAAGAAAAUCAAACAGUUUGAGGAGCAGUUUGAGAACGAGAAGAACUAUAAGCCCUCUCAUGCAGACAAGGCAGCUAACCCCAAAGUCCUCAAGUGGAUGACCGACCUGACCAAGAUCCGCAGACAGAUCAAAGGACGCCAGCACCACCUUUUACCCAGAAGCACGCUGAGGCACCAGGCUUUGCUCCAUUCAUACAGACGCCACCCUGCUCCCUCCUCCCCUUCCUCUUCCUCCUCUAUUUGCUCACCUCCCCAUCACACUCCCACCCCCUCCUCAGGCCUGAGCUCUAGACCGUUUCACCUCAACGCCAAACACUGUGCUGAGAGUGAGCUCGGCCCACAGACCCGCCCUCGUAGCAACACUCUGCCCAAGAGCUUUGGAUCCACCCUGGAUCAGGAUUUCCAUGAUGCAGCAGCAGAGGUCAAAGGCCCCUGUCCCACCAGGGAGGAGACACUGGAGCUAAUUCAGCGGAGAGUCGAAAAGAAGAGGCAGGAGGACGGCUGGCCUGACGACAUCAAGAAGAUGACCAAAGAGCAGUUGUCCUGUGAGAAAACGGUCCUCCAGAAGAACCUGCUGCACUACGAAGGCCUGCAUGGUCGACCAGUGACCCAGGAGGAGCGUCUGGUGGUGAAGCCUCUCUACGACCGCUACAGACUGGUCAAGCAGAUGCUCACCAGAGUCAGCAUCACACCCAUCACUGUGUCUCCCUCUAGUAAGAGGCGGAGCCAAACCCUUCAGCCGAUCAUCGAGGGGGAGACCGCUCAUUUCUGGGAGGAGAUCAAAGAAGAGGAGGAAGAGGAUCAGAAAGGUGGAGAAGAAUAUGAAAAGGAGGAGGAGAGAGAUGAGGAGGAAGAAGAGGAGGAGGAGGAAGAGGCAGAGAGCAGCGGUGGUGAAAUGCAAAGCUCUGAGGUCAUCAUGGCCUUUGAUGGCAUGACCCCGACUGGCAGCUCUGUGAGGAACCAGCUUGAUGAGCAGAGCAACUGUCCAAUGAGAGACAAGGUGGAGGAGGGGUCAGGGAGGCUGGCACAGGACGUCCGGCUGUCCAGCUCCAAUGCCUCGUCCAUGCCAGAGCUGCUGGAACAGCUUUGGAAGGUCAGAUCGGAGAAGAAGAACCUGAGGAAGACCAUCCGAGAGUUCGAGGAGAAUUUCUAUCAGCAUAACGGGAGGAACGUUCAGAAGGAGGACCGGGUGCCGAUGUUGGAGGUCUACAGGGAGUACAAGAGGAUCAAGGCCAAGCUGCGCCUCCUGGAAGUUCUCAUCAGCAAGCAAGAUUCCUCCAAAUCCAUCUAGUCCUUCUCACAUAACCGCUAGAAUCGCACAUAUCAUCAGCCGUCAUCGCACCUGGCAUGAGAAACAUAAAAAACCUCCAUCCAGCAGUGGCACACAGACCCCCCCACCCGUUGUUUACUGUCGUCACGACAUGUGGAAAGACUUCAGACGCUCCUGAGAUGGAAACUAGACAUUCUUUAGCUCAAAUAUCUAAACUGGAUAAAGAAGUAACCCACUAAAAAUCAGAAAUUCGUGAUUUUAUUAUGACAUUACAGGAUUUUUAAGACAUCUCUGUUGUUUUUGUCUCAUGGCGUGACAGCAGACCCUCGUCUGACUCUGUGUGUAACAGUAGCAACAGUUCGUCAUCACCAAGGAAACCAAUCGUCUCUGUGUCGUCAUCUUUGUCAUCAAGACUUUUGUGCUCACCUCACAUUUCCAUACACCUUUUUUUUUUUGUUCUUUUACUGGAAGAUAAAAACGUUUCUUUUAGGACUCUGAUGAAACAGCUGAAGGACUGAUAUUGUACAUCACAACAUUUUUGUUUUGAUUUAAAUAUUUCACAUAGUAAAAAGUCCUGCUUUACUUUAGCUUGCUUCAGUCUAAUUUAGCUCUGUCACUUGGUGGAUGUGAGUGGAUUGAAUGUCCAAACCCAAGUGUUGAUGGAAACGUCACCGUCUUGGACUGAGACUGUAACUGUUCACAUGUUGUCCUCUGUUUGGAUUUGAACACGCCGUGGGAUUAUCAGUUUCCCUCUGUAGAAUAACUGAGUUUCAUUUCUCUGAGCGUCCAGCAAAGGACAAAAGUCAAGACGAGUGGUUUUGACAGCACUUAGAGCUGAAGACGCUCACAGGAAACAUCCCUCUGUUACAAGCAUCUUUCUAUUUGCUUCACCUUUGAGUCCAAAAACACCUUUUGGGUUCAGACGAGUUCUGGUGUUACUGAUUGUAUCUUUGUGACGUAAACUCUGCCAGCACUGAUUUUAACAACACAUUUGUUUACCUCGCGUGUUCAUUCUGCAGUAAUGUUUGAUUUCCUGCCAGCAGGUGAGAGGAGGGCAGAUGAGGUGAAAACCUGAAUCCAGGUCCAGGUCCUCCAAAAAGCUUCUCUUUCCUCUUAGAAGUGGUUUUUUUUUUUUGUUUGUUUGUUUUUUUAAACUUUGAGGGAUUUUAAGAAAAGGAAAUCAGCUGAUUGCUUUAUUUUUGUUGUCAGUUACCUGCAGUCUUUAGUGGGCGGGGCGAUGUGAUGAUGAUGAUGAUGAUGAUGAUGAUGAUGAUGAUGAUAGAAGCUCUGAAUGAGGCUAAAAGUUCAAACUGUUUGUAGGGGGGGUGCUUGUCAGAUUUGAGGUUUGAUGUAAAAUAUGUUAUUUGCACAGCAUUCACAGAAUGCAGCCCUUCGGUUUUUUUUUUCCAUUUGUAUUUCUAAAAAUGAAGCACUACUUCCAUACAAAUAUAAAUAUCCUGUAUAUAAAAGCAAAACCAGAAAAAAGAAGAAUGUCAGACAUGUUUAAAUUAUUUGAAACAUCACGUUUGGUUUCGUACACUUGUGAUACCCUGAGAAUGUGUUUUUUAUUAUUAUCAUUAUAAAUAUUGCUAAGUGUAUUCUUUUGUGUGCUAACGAACCUUUUGUAUGUACCUUGUGAGUGUGAAACCAGCUGUAGAUGUCACGUAGUCGCCCCUGAACCUCUCUGUUCUUAAACAUGUUGUGGCUCUGUGUAACAUAAGCUAACCUAGAAGCAGUACUGUAGUGAGCUUGCAUGGCAGCAGAGAACAUAAUCGUAUGGAAAACACGUUUUCAUUAUUUGUGCCAUGACAAAUCAGCAAUAAUAAAAGUUUGCAUCCAUUGUUUUAACACAUUUCAGGUCUGUUGUUGCCAUGACUGGUGGGAUUUUGUUAUGAUGUUUUGGAUUUUGUUUUGUUUUUUUACCACUGGCCUCUGCUGAAAACCAAAACGUUAGAACGAAGGUCAUGGAGGGUUAAAAAUCUAGACACCGAUGUCUGGACAACAUUCCAGGUUUUAUCCUCGCUCUGAACGUGGAACCGACCCCUUCAUCUCUGCUUGGGGUAGAACAGAUCUGUGAGGUUUGGGUUGUUUUGUGCCGAGCCUGAAGCAGAGAGGUGACAAUCUCAUGCAGACGUCCUCUCGUCUCCGUCCGAGUUCCCCGUUUCCCACACUCACCCGUCCGAGGAGCAGACCGGGGAGUCGAAGCAGGAGUCGUUCCGUCAAAGGUGUCGUCUGGAAGUAAAAAGGUCCUGGAAAAUAGAAAAUUACGGGUCCCUUUAUUAACGUUACUUAUUAAGCAUUAAUAAUGUAUGUAAUGCAUUACUAAGCAGACACCACCAGCCCCGGCUCUUUGUUCUAACUACUUAAUAGUUUAUCGGUAACGUUGAUGAAGGGACCCUUUGUUUAUUAUUGCUCAAUAAUGCUCUAAGCUACAUUAAUAAAAGGACCAUGGUUGUAAAGUGUUACCUAAAUUUUUUUUAUUAAGUUUGACAAAAAUUGAAAUCUGCUGCUUUAUACAUUUAAUGACCGAUAAUAAAAACAAAUUUUCUCUUUCGAUAAACAGCAGUAAAAAGUCACAUGAUGACUUAAUUAAAUUAACUUUCCAACAUCUUUGGAACCAGAUUUUUGCUUUAGUUCCUCCUCGGGUUGUUCCUCUCUCACACACACACCAGUAUUGUAUGUACCUACACAUGUUUUACUUUACUUUGUGACUGCGCUUUCUGUUGUUCCUUCCUUCAUAUACGGAAAAAAGAAAUGAUACAACCAAUAAACAUUUACACAAGAA